UUGAGAUUUAAAACUUAAAAGAAUUUAAAAUAACAGAAGUUUGAACUAUUUACUGUUCAGCGAAUAAUAUCGGACCCACAGACCAUGAAACAGCCUUUUUCGAUCCUAUAAAAAUCAUUCCUUAACCCAUACUCGAUUCAUAGCUCUUCUUAUUCCGAGAGAUCCGGUUCAAGCAAUAGUCACCAUGGUUAAAGCAAUUAGGGUUUAUGAACACGGUGGACCUGAGGUUAUGAAAUGGGAGGAUGUGGAUAUAGGAGAACCAAAAAGCGGAGAAAUCAAAGUGAAAAACAAGGCGAUUGGAGUAAACUAUUUGGAUGUUUAUAUGCGUAGAGGUUUAAUCCCUAGUUUAUGUCCUCCACUGACUUUCACACCAGGUAUGGAGGCAGCCGGAGUUGUAAUAAGCCUUGGUCCUGACGUCACUACAUGUAAAGUUGGAGAUUACGUGGCUUACGCUGGCUUUCCUGUCUGCGCUUACACCGAAGAAAUGAUACUUCCUGCAGAUAGAGUCGUACCAGUUCCUCCUUCAAUUGAUCCUAUUGUAGCAGCUGCUGUGCUUUUUAAGGGACUCACAGCUCAAGUUCUGGUUCGCAGUUGUUUUCAGAUUGGACCCGAGCACACGAUCCUUGUCCAUGCAGCUGCGGGUGGAGUCGGGUCAUUGGUGUGUCAAUGGGCAAACGUGCUAGGUGCAACCGUGAUUGGAACCGUUUCAAAUGAAGUGAAAGCGGUGCAAGCUAAGGAAGAUGGAUGCCACCAUGUCAUUAUCUACAAACAAGAAGACAUUGUUGAUCGUGUUAUGGAGAUCACAUCAGGAAAAGGAGUUGAUAUUGCCUAUGAUUCUAUUGGGAAAGACACAUUUGAGAAAUCGGCGGCAUGCUUAAGAUUUCGUGGAUACAUGGUUUCAUUUGGAUUUGCAUCUGGCUCACCCGAGCCUGUAAAAUUCAGUGUGUUUUCGGAUAAAUGUUUGCACUUCACAAUUCCAUCCAUGAUGCUCUACACAAAAGCACGAGAAGACCUCCUUGCAGCUUCGGAGGAACUAUUUGAUAAUGUUGCAAAAGGAGUUUUACGUGUUCGAGCAAAUCACAAGUACCCUUUAUCGCAAGUGGCUCAAGCUCAUUUGGACCUUGAGGAUCGGAAAACAACCGGGUCCGUUGUUUUGAUACCCGAUAACUAAUAUUUAUAUGUUGUUUAAGCAAAUCCACAUAGUUCGUCCAAGAGUGUAGUUUCAUUUGGUUGGUUUUAUACAUGAGUCAAUAUUUCACGAGUUUUAACGACCAAAUUAUGGGGCACAUUUGAAUAUUAUAGUCCAUAGAUAAAAAAAAAGAUGAUGAAUAAGCCUAAACCUAGAAUACUCAGAUUUGCCCCAUAAUUUACUAUUCAAGUAUGCAAUAAUUCAUACAUGUUGAUUGUGGUGAUAUGUUGACUUUUUGGUGUCUUGUUUGUCAUUUUGUUCCAUGUAAUGGAGAGCGUUACCCUCUACCAAUAAUGGAUCUGUCUUUUUACGAACAAUCAAUAAUGGAUCUUGAAAUUUUGACUAAAGUUUUUAUUUUGUGGAAG